AGCCGGGCCCGAAAACUUUCUGGGCAGCUCGCACUGAGCAUGCUCGGGGACAUGGGCGGGCCUGGGGUCCGGAAGCGGCUGUGCCCCUGCGAGUUUGGGGUGUCGGGGCGCGCUAUGGGCUCGGCCGGCCUCCCUGGGGAGGGCCGCUGGGUGCUGAUCGCGGUGCUCCUGGUGGCAGCCCUGGCGCGGUCCGAGGGUGGCCGGGCCCGAGAAGGGCUCCCCGCGGGUCCUGGACCCUCUGGGCACCCCCAGAGCGCACAACCUCCUCCCCCGGGGCCCCGCGCACCUCCAGGGCUGGAGACGGAGCUGGGCGCGCAGGACCCGUCCCUGGUGCCUCGGCUCCAAGUGAAAGCAACUCCCCAUGAGACAGCAGCCUUUUUGGCCUUCAUGCCCUCGUGGCCUAAGAAGAUAUUGUUUAAAAGACAAUCUGGAAUGCCUGCUUUGUUUAGGGAAAUGUCUAGGGAAGAUCUGAGGACGUCAGAGAGCAGAGUUGUCUUUCAGAAGUGUGUGGAGGUAACUGGCAGGUCAGGUGCAGAGUGGCUUCGGGUGCUGCUGGUCGUGAACAACACACGUGCUCCUGGAGCCACCAACCUCUCGGACCUGCUGCUGCUCGACAACAUCACGGGCCUGCGUGUGCGCGAGGCUCCUGGGAACCUGACGGCCGCGGGGCUGCAGGCCCUCAGGAGGGAGAAGCUGCUGGUGGGAGAUGCCUUCUCGGUCAGCUACAUGGCUGCGCUGGACGCCGGAGACCACCUCGGGGACGGGGACCACCUGGAUCUCGCCGCCCUGCUUAUCUUCCCCAGCUCCGCCCAGAAUAGGACUCAGCUGCGGGCGCCUUUCACCAUCAUCGUGGAGGAGAAGGCUCGGGCCCUGCCUGAUCAUGGUCUUCACGCCACUGGUUUCUUCCUCGCCUUCAUCCUCUCGCUCGCACUGACCUGCCUUGUGCUGUUCCUCGUGGCUCGGUAUCGGGGUUCAGAAGGCAGCUUGCUUCCUGGAUGCCAGGCCCAGCACCCUGAGAACAAGCCAGAGCACUCCCAGUUCAACUUGGCCAAUGGAGUCAACGAGGACCUGGCGCUCAAUGACCAGAUGCUUGACAUUCUGGCCUCAGACGACCCCGAGAGCAUGCUCCCAGCCUUAGAAGAGUUGGAGAUUGCAACGCUGAACAGGGCCGACUCAGAGCUGGAGGCAUGUCGAACCCAAAUCAGCAAAGAUAUCAUCGUGCUGCUGCUGAGAAACCUAACGGGCCUCGGCCACCUCUCCCAGCCAGAGGAGAGGAGAAUGGGUGCCAUCUUCAAACACCAAUUCCUGCUGCUGGAGAAGGAGAUUCGAGAGGAGUAUGACAGAAAGAUGGUGGCCCUGGAGGCUGAGUGUGACCUGGAGACCAGAAAGAAGACAGAAAACCAGUAUCAGAGGGAGAUGGCUGCCAUGGAAGAAGCAGAGGAGGUGCUGAAGCGUGUCAGCGAGAGGUCGGCGGUUGAGUGCAGUGGCCUCCUGCGGACACUGCAUGGGCUUGAGCAGGAGCAGCUGCAGCGUUCGCUGGUCCUGCGGCGGGAGGAGGACUUGGCCCGGGCACACCGGCAGCUGGCUCUCUUCCAGAGGAGCGAGCUGCACAACAUCUUCUUCGCGCAGAUCCAAAGCGCCAUAUGCAGAGGGGAGCUGCAGCCUGUCGCGGCCGAAGCGCUUCUGCGGGAUUACGCGGAGAUACAGGAGAACGUAGAAGAAUUGAUGGACUUUUUGCAGGCUAGUAAGAGAUGUCAUCUAAGUAAGAGGUUCGCCCACAGAGAGUACCUGGUCCAGAACAUGCAGGCCAUGGAGAGCCGCGUGCAAGGCCUGCUGAAUGCAGCUGCUACCCAGCUGACCCUCCUUAUCCAGAAGCAUGAGAGAGCUGGGUACCUGGAUGAAGACCAGAUGGAGGUGCUGCUGGAACGGGCCCAGACAGAAGUCUUCUCUGUGAAGCAGAAGUUGGAAAAUGACCUGAAACAGGAAAAGAAAAGGCUUCACCAGAAGUUGAUAGUGAAGAGAAGACGAGAGAUGCUGCAGAAGCACAAGGAGCAACGCAAGGAGCAGCUGGCCCUCGGGGAGGCCUUGCGAAUGGCAGAGGACUCUGGCCAAUACCUGGAGCAGUGGCGGAGUUUGCUGGCGGAGCAGGGUGCAGCAUUGGAGGAUCUGCAGGAGCGCCUGGAUCAGGCGGCGCUGGACGAGCUGCGGGCGCUGACCCUGGCGCUGGCCGACAGGGCCGUGGACGAUCUGCGACGCCUGCAGAGCUCGGGAAUGACUCAGGAGCUGCUCAAGCGCAACGCACCCUGGCUUUUUCUGCAGCAGAUUCUGGAGGCGCACAGCAGGGAGAUGGCUGUGUGCACUGAGCGGCUGGAGGCCGAGGAGAGAGACCGGGGCCAGGAGGGUGUCCAGGGUGUGCGGCAGAGGCUGAGGGACGAUGCACUGGAGGCCGCAGUGCAGGAGCAGGCGGAGCUGAGGCACUGGGGGCGGCUGACCUUUAUGCAGCUCUGCACCUCAUGCCUCUCCCUGUCAGAGGAGGAGCUGCUGGGCGUGAGGCGAGAGGUACAGGGCAACUUGGCACAGAUGGACCGCAGCUUGGCCCUGCCCAAGAUCCGAGCCCGUGUCCUGCUGCAGAGCUUCCUGGCCGCCUGGCGUGAAGCCCAGUGCCUGAAACUGGACCAGAUGCUAGUGGCCCCCGAACCACAGCACCCGUCCAAAGCAAGGAAGUCGCGCUCCAAGAGUAAGAGCAGAAUAGACCUGCUGAAAAAGUGCAUCGAGGACAAGAUCCAGCUUUUUGAGGAACAGCCCCCCGAGGACCUGGUGGAGAAGGUCCGAGCAGAGCUGCGGGCUGAGAGAAUGCGGCAACUGGAGGCCCGGGAGGGCUGCUUCGCCGAAUCCCUGGUGUCCUUGCAGUUCCAGAAGGUGUCAUGGCUGACCAAGAACCUGUCGGCCUAUACCGCCCUGCUGAGCAUCCAGGGCCUGCUCCUGGAAGAGCUGAGCUCAUCCCAGACACUGACUGCAGAGGCCUGCGCCAAAGUCCUGGACUCCCGAAGCCCAGAGCUGCAGGAGCUGGAGAGGAAGUUGGAGGACAAACUGGCACUGCAGGAGGCGGCCAGACUGCAGCAUUGGGCGACUGAGGCACCCUGGCUCCUGGUGGCUCCAGAGGGGCUGGAUUCCGAGAGGCAAGUGUCGGCCACCCUGCAGCGAGCCCUGAGUCAACGUCCCAAGCUGCUGAAGCAGCAGCAGCAGAGCCUUCAAGCAGAACAUCAGGCCAGUAUUGUUCUGGAAGAUUCUCUGGAGAAGAUGGAGACAGAAGCCCUCAUCAGUCUGUCCAGUCAGGAGCUGAGGCUGACAUCCUACCUGUCCAAGCUGAGCCUGGUACCCCCGGGUGUGCUGCUUCGGCUUCUGAGCCUGGCUCUGCCUUCAGCCUCGCAGCCUGAGUUGCUGGCCGUGCUGGACUCCUUCGGCCAGAAACAUCCUGACCUCAUGGUGGAGGGUGACAGCAGAGAGCCGGCCGACGCGGGCAGGCAGGGGAAGCAGGGGAGCUGGUGGCAAGGCUUAGAGAGCAGACUUCGGGGAGAGCUGCUAAGCAGAGGGACAGAGAGAAUGCAGUGGGCGCACCAGCAAAAGCAAAGCAUACUGGACAGGCCCUGUGCCCCCCUGGCUAACCGCGCUGUGUUCUCGGGUCCGGGCAACUGGCCCCACCUAGCCCUGGAGCCCCUUGGCGAAGCGGCCCCUGUGGCCAUCAUGGCGGCAGAGGCUGUGGAUAUCCUGAAUACGGGCGAGAGGCUUUUCAUCUUCAGGAGCCCGACGGAGCCUGAGUUCUCACUUCGUGGCUCUGCCCGGAAGAAGAAGAAGAAUUUUCUCAAUGCCAAGAAGGUUGCUCGGGCCCUGGGCCUGGACUGGCCAGUACAGCUCAGCACAGGCUGAGAUGCAGUGUGUGCUGCUGCGUGUGUGCAUAUGUGUGAAUGCCUGUGUAGACAUGAGAGUGUGUGUACCUGUGUGUGGUUGUGAACGCAGGCUUGGGUGUGCAUUUGAGUGUGUGUGCAUAUGUGAAGUGCAUAGCUGGUAGAUCCCAUCGGCACAGGCAGAAGAGACAGAAGACCUGAGCCUGCACCCCACACCUUUGGGGGCUCCAAAGACCUCCCAGAGGCUCCACUCUUGGUAUCAGCAGGAAG